GCAUCAUAUCAGCCCCAUCGAUGCAAGCGAUCGCUGUGAAAUCAACGCCGCCCUUAAAAACUCGAGCUAAAGAAGAAGAGCUGGAGAUAAAAGAGGAGAUAGAAAGAGCUGCAGAGGAAGAAGAGGAGACGUAGAGAGGGUCGCGAUCAUGAUUCAAUCAAAUCACUUGAUCCGCUCGGUCUUCUGCUGCUGCUGUGCCGUACAGACCAGGGAGAUCAGCACCCGCAUGGAGCUGGAGGGAAGCACCUCCCUGUGUUUCCAGAGCCGACGAUACCCAGGGCACCCCUGCAGGGUUGACAGGUCAAGAAGGAAGCUCCCCCUGCCGCCUCCUGACUAUGAGGAUGGUGAAGGUCAAGGGUUACUAAGUGUCGUCGCCAUGUACGACUUCACCGCCAAGGAGGACACUGACCUCACACUCAAACAGGGAGAAGAGUACGUCAUCCUACACAAACAGGACCAGCUGUGGUGGAGAGCGCAGGACAAACACGGGAACAAAGGUUUCAUCCCCAGCAACUACGUGACAGAGAAAAACAGAAUCGAGGCAAACUCGUGGUACUGCAAGAACAUCACCAGGACAGAAGCCGAGCAGCUGCUGAGACAAGAGGACAAAGAGGGCGGUUUCGUGGUGCGGGAGUCCAGUCAGAAGGGAGUCUACACCGUCUCUGUCUACACCAAAACAUUAAGUAACGGGGAUAUUCGGCAUUACCAGAUCAAAAUAACUGACACUGGUCAGUUCUUCCUGGCUGAAAAACACACCUUUAAAUCCAUACCUGAUGUCAUACACUACCACGAACACAACGCAGCAGGUUUAGUCACCAGGUUGCGGUAUGCAGUGGGUCCAAUGGGAAGGUGUGUACCCGCCACAUCAGGAUUCAGCUCAGAGAAGUGGGAGAUCAACCCCAGUGAGUUGACCUUCAUGAAGGAGCUGGGCAGUGGUCAGUUUGGUGUGGUGAGACUCGGCAAGUGGAGGGCUCAGCACAGAGUGGCCAUCAAGGCCAUCAGAGAGGGAGCCAUGUAUGAGGAGGACUUCAUCGAGGAGGCCAAAGUCAUGAUGAGGCUGUGCCACCCGAAGCUGGUGCAGCUGUACGGUGUUUGCUUGCAGCAGCGCCCCCUGCUGAUCGUGGCCGAGUUCAUGGAGAACGGCUGCCUGCUGAACUUCCUGAGGCAGAGGAGUCGAGCUCUGAAGGAGGCGUGGCUGCUGUCCAUGUGUCAGGACGUCUGUGAGGGGAUGGAGUACCUGGAGACGCAAAGUUUCAUCCACAGAGACCUGGCAGCGAGGAACUGUCUGGUUAACGAGCACAACGUGGUGAAGGUCAGCGACUUUGGAAUGACCAGGUACGUCCUAGACAACCAGUACACCAGCUCCAGUGGAGCCAAGUUCCCUGUGAAGUGGUCUCCUCCUGAAGUUCUCCACUACAGUAAAUACAGCAGCAAGUCGGACGUCUGGUCCUUCGGUGUGGUGAUGUGGGAGAUCUACUCGGAGGGUCGGACUCCGUUUGAAAACAGAUCCAACCUGGACGUAGUGAAUGAAAUCACCAGAGGAAUCCGACUGUACCGACCACACCGAGCCUCACAGUCGCUCUACGCCAUCAUGUACCGCUGCUGGCACGAGAAGCCUCAGGGUCGGCCAUCUUUCUCAGAGCUCCUGGCGGAAAUCAGGAAACUGGCAGAAAAUCCAGAUUAACACACACACACACACACACACACACACAUAAAUCAUCAUCAUCAUACUGCUGAUUAUCAAACUGUUUUUACUGUCGUCAUAAAUGUAAACAAACUGUUAUUGUAAAUAAAUAUUUUUUCAUUAAAACUUUCAGAUGACGUUCUUACACAGAUGUUUUUUUUUUACCUUCACACAAACACACUGAAAAUACAAAAACAAAAUGUGAUGUGAAAAGUCAUGAGUCAUGAAUCAUGUUAUCUCAUGGACGAACGCUGAUCUUCACAUGUGAACUUUGACUUUUCAGAUGACAUCAUCUCUGUGACAGUGACAUCACACUGAGGCUCUUUAUAUAUGAAUGUAUAUGCAUAUGUAUAUAUGUAUACCUUCAUGAUGAUGAUGAUGAUGAUGAUUCAUGUAAGUCCUGUUCUAUUACACUAUGUUAGUUUUAUCUACAAUGGGAAGUUUAAUUGUGAAUGAGUGAAGGGAGCAGCAGUCCACCUGAAGUGUCAGCAGGUGGCGUCAGAGAGCUUUUGUCAGGUUUACCUUCCUCACAGGAGCCCAGUGUGUCAGAGCCACGUCAGAGUUUAUAUGACCGGAGUCACGGCUGUAAAUUGAAGCUGUAAAUCUCAGUGCCAGUUAUAAUUGCAGUAGAAAAUAAUAAAGGUCAGAUGGAGGGAGAUUAAACCCACAUGUCACUCUU